GGAGCCCAAAAGACAAACUGUAGUUCUCUAGACACACAAAAAGAAAGAAUGGAAGGACAAACUCAUUUCGACCUCUAGCGAUCUCCCAAAGACAAAGCAAAGCAUAUUUUGGUGAGCACAAAACAUAACAAUAUACCUACAUAGUUAUACCAACAUUGAUCCUUCUUUCUCCAUUUCGAUUUUUGAUUCUAAAACUUACCAAUGAAUUAUGUGCUACCAUUUCUCUAUUUUUCUUCCUUUACUUCUUCUGUCAGUAUGUUCAAUUUGGUUGGCCUUCUUAUCAUCUGUUUAACAGGAGGAGCUGAAGCGAGCAUUGGUGUAAACUACGGCACACUUGCUAACAACCUUCCUCCACCGCAUCAAGUAGCGGAGUUCCUCCUCCAUUCAACCGUAAUUAACCGCGUCCGCCUCUUCGACGCCGAUCCACAAAUCCUCCAAGCCUUCGCCAACACCGGUAUCGCCGUAACCGUCACAGUCCCCAACGACCAAGUCCCACACUUAACCAACCUCACCUCCGCCCAAAAAUGGAUCUCCGAUCAAAUCCAACCUCACUACCCAUCCACAAACAUCAUCCGAAUCCUCGUCGGAAACGAAGUCAUCUCCACCGCCAACCACCUCCUCAUCAGAACCUUAGUCCCGGCGAUGCAAUCCUUACACACCGCCCUCGUCUCCGCCUCUCUCCACCGUCGAAUCCAAAUCUCGACUCCGCAUUCUUUAGGAAUCCUCUCCGGUUCAACCCCACCGUCUUCCGCUAAGUUUCGGCGAGGCUACAACACACAAGUCCUCAAACCUCUCCUCAGCUUCCUCCGCGCUACCUCUUCCCCGUUCGUCGUGAAUCCGUACCCGUUCUUCGGAUACUCAAUCGAAACACUCGAUUUCGCUCUGGCUAGACCAAAUCCAGGAUUAAUCGAUCGACACACGAAGCUUCUCUACACAAACAUGCUCGAUGCUCAGCUCGAUUCGGUUUACUCCGCCAUGGAUAAGCUAGGGUUUUCAGAUGUUGAGAUCGUCAUAGGCGAGAUCGGGUGGCCGUCGGAGGGAGAUAGAGAUCAGAUCGGCGUUGAUGUUUCCACGGCGGCCGAGUUUAACAAAAACCUGGUGGCGCGUGUGGAUUCCGGUACCGGAACACCGUUGAUGCCGAAUCGGUCUUUCGAGACUUACAUUUUCGCGCUCUUCAAUGAGAACCUCAAAUCAGGACCAACGUCGGAGCGCAACUUCGGAAUACUCCGGUCUGAUUUGACGCCGUUGUACGACAUCGGAAUCCUCCGGCCGAAGGUUAGAUCAUCGAAUCCGGGAUCGCGGUGGUGCGUUGCAAAGGCCGGUGCGGAGACGGUGGCGUUACAAAGGAACAUUGACUACGUAUGUGGGCUAGGUUUGGAUUGUAGGCCCAUUAUUGAAGGUGGGCUUUGUUACUUGCCGAACACAGUGAAAGCUCACUCGGAGUACGCGAUGAACUUGUUUUAUCAAACUAUGGGAAAAUACAAAUUUGAUUGUGAUUUCGAAAAUACUGGAGAGAUAACUACGAUGGAUCCAAGCUAUGGAAAUUGUGAAUAUCAAGUUUAGUGUCUUUGUUUAUUUUUGUAUCUCACAAGAUUGGUCGCCUAACUAUUCAACUUAAACUCGUAUACUGUAAUGUCGCAGUAAUAUUCGGCAUAUUCUAAUAAUCACUUGUAUGAUUACAAUUUCU